AUGAACAAUGAUGACUACUCUUUCUCUUCAUCACCAUCAUCCACUUCUUCUCAAAGCCAACUUUGCAACCCGAAUUCUCCGUCGGAUAAUUCAUCAUUCCCCGCACAAAAACCAGAGUUGAGUUCUCACAAGAGGAAAGCUGGGAGAAAGAAGUUUCGAGAAACACGGCAUCCGGUGUAUAGAGGAGUUCGUCAGAGAAACGGUAACAGAUGGGUGUGUGAAGUUCGUGAACCCAACACGAAAUCAAGGAUAUGGCUCGGAACAUACUCCGCACCAGAAAUGGCAGCUAGGGCACAUGACGUGGCUGCCCUAGCACUUAAGGGCACCUCUGCAGCAUUCAAUUUCCCUGAUUCGGUUUCUCUUCUUCCAGUUGCAAAGUCAUCUUCAGCUGCAGAUAUUAGAGCGGCUGCAGCACAAGUUUCCGAGGUUUUUUUACCGGCCAACCCUUCUUCGUCCUUUACAAGGGUUGAAAUAGAAACUAACCCUUGUUCGGUGGAGGGUGUUGUUGAUUUUGCCAAGACUGUGACUAAUGUUGAGGAGUCCAACGAAUCAGUGUUUUUCGACGAAGAGGCAGUUUAUAACAUGCCAGGUUUGUUAGAUAGCAUGGCUGAGGGUCUUCUCAUUACUCCACCUUCUAUGAAGAGAUUUGAUUGGGACGAGGUUGAUUGUGAAACAGACCUCACUCUCUGGACAUAUUAA